UCGAAUUUUUGCGACGACGGAAGGAAUCGUUUGCGACGCGUGAUUUUUUGCCUGUGGGAAAAAUUUUGUGCGGGUUCAGGCAUAGGUGUAGGAUAUUUUUUUUUGUAAGAAUGUUGUUUGGAGUGGCUUGGCUACGGCGUAGGAAUUUCUCGAAAUCUGUGGGAUAGGAGGUUGUUAAAGCAGCUGACCUGAGGUCAAAACGAUUACGAGUUAUUCGGGAAACGGUCAGUUUGUCACAGAGUUGAGUGCGUUGAAGCUGAUCCGGACUAGCCUCGGGAUUGUGACGAAGAUAAUUCAGUGAUCGGGUCAAACAGUUCAGAACAAUAAAAAAAAAAUGCAUUUAGAAGGAUUCUCCGGGGGAUUAUGAACGGACUGGAAUGAAAACUGAUGGCUGCAAGUGAACGAAGAGAUUUGAAAGAAUAUUAUAAAAAAGGAAAGACGGAUAAUCUCAUCAAAUUAAAUCUGAUUAAUUGAAGGAAAAUAUUUUUUCCCUGUCAGUUUUAUGCUCCUGGGGCGAGUGGUUUGAAAUUCUUGGUGGAACCGAGAUAGACAGCGUCAAGUGCAAUCCGUUGGAAGUGGGUCAUUUGUCUCGUGGCAGCGGGAUAUAGAAAAGAAGAAGAAGAUACACAAAAACAACAAAGCAGCAAAACAAAUCGAGUGAACUCGGAACAAAGCGUGGCCGGUAUAGUUUGAAGCGGCGAGGAUUAAUUAAAUUCAUUAAACAGAAUUAAUCUGUCUGGUGUAUUUCUCCCCUUGGGCUAGUGGCACGCCUGUUAAAAAGUAGUAGCUGGUCAGACAAGUGGAAAAUAAGUAAAUUAAUAUACGCUCCUUAAACAGGAUUAUCCGAGUUUUACCACCCACCCGUUGCCCAACCUCAAACAAAAUCUGUCCUCCUCCACAGAGACACCAAAAUCUGACCGAGGCAAGUCAGCCUGUGAAAACCGAUAGCAUUGUUUGGUCGAAGUGGAACACAGGGAAAAAGAAAGCGCGUGACAAAGUCUGAAGAAAGUGAUUUUUAUUUUCAACCACCCAAACCCAGCACCCCCCGUCACGUGGCUUGGGAGUUCAAUCGACAGUGGAUUCUUUUCCGGGAUUUUUCACAUUCUCCUGUUUGUUCCGUUUCUUCCUAUUUUUUUCAACAAUGAUGCAAGAAGCGCAAGAAAUUAUGAAGCUCGUCGUGUGAAUAAAUUGUCUUCCUGCGAUUACGACUGCGAGACGUCGUCGUCGUCGUCAACGAGGUCGUGGUCGUCCGUUCCAUCCGUUGAAGAAAAGUGGCCGGAAAUGAAAUUUAAGUGAAACGAGUCACCGGCACCAAACGAGCGAGAAAAAUCAGAAGCAAGGAGAAAUUGUUUGUUAUAAGCUGGUGGCCGUCUGGGGUAGCCUGGAAUCCUCCAAGUGGUGCUUUGGCCUUUGAAGAAUGAAGAGUGGAAAAUCAUACCGAGUGGAAAAAUAAAAUUUACCGGAAAAUCCUGGCCUAGUUUGUGUACGGUUGUGAUUUAGUGGAAAAUUGAAGUGGUUUUCUGUAAAAAAAAGGGGUGAAUUUUUAACAUUUUCACCUCCACCAGUACCACAUUAAAGCGACAGUCACAGAAAUUACCAGCAUCACUUUGACAGCAGCUCGAACGGCGUGGGAACUCGUGGAAAACAAGAAAUCCGCUUCCAUGGAUGCCCUCUCCGGCGGAGUGGCAGUCCAUAAAUCACCACCACCUGAAAGCAAUGCGCAAACAUGUGUGUGACAACGAGAAUUUAUCUGUCUGCGCCAAGUGAAACGGAAAAUCCCCUCCCGAAACCACUUUUUAUCAAUAUUCACAAAACAAUAAAAAUAAAAAUAAAACAUAAUCAACGUAAUUGAACUCCAUAACAUUUAUCAAAGAACCUUCAAACACACUCAUUUUCCUCCGUCUCUCAUCGUACCUGAAGCACACAGAUUUACCAGCGAGAAAAGCUAGUAUCUACACCCCCACACCCCCGCCUGUCCCCGGGAAAAGCGACGACAUCGACAACGGCGCAGAAUACAAGAGUGUAGAGAGGAUCGAAUCAUUCUUUGUCGGUCCCUUGGUCCCACACGUGGUCUCAGAAUCGAUGCGUUCAAUCACUUCCCAAACCAGCUUCCACCAAACGACGGCAGCUUAGCUUGACUGGGGAAGAAAAGAACCAAGCAAGCAACAGCCAGCCAUAAUAAUAAUACUAAUAAUAAUAACGGCACAAUCCGACCGACUGGAGACGACUCAAGUUGGGAACGAGUCGGCGGUUAGCUCUGGGAAAAGAUCCUCCUUCUCCUCCUCCUCCUGCUAGUGUAGUGGCACAACAAUAGGAAGAAGAGGCUACGAAAAAAAAAAGUGCACAAGUGUGGCAAAUUUUGCCAAUACCCAAUCAAAGAAGAAAAAGAAAUCACAGUGAAGAAUAGAAGCAGUGAAUGUGGGAAAAGCUCCCGGGUGAUCGAAAAGGAAGUCGCAGUUAUCGAGUUGUAACCACACGCCGGGUCCCUAAACAGGAGCGGUGUGAGUGAGCGCACAGCGGCGGCGGCGAUGUUUGGAAAAAUGAAACACAACAUCGCAUUCAAAUUUAAUCAAGUGUUUCAUAUUAUAUUUAUUAACGUAUUUAUUGCGCAUUUCACGCUCGGAUUACAGCUGCCGGCACCCGACAAGGAUAAACAUGUUCCCAGUGCACAGUUUCCUCAGUCAUCGGAAAUCCAGGCGGUGGAAGGAAGGCGAAUCUCCCUGCCGUGCCCAUUAUCGGCCCCGUCCAGAGAUAAGGUCUACAUGGUGCUCUGGUUCAAAGACGAUGCCGGUAUCCCAUUGUACAGCUUCGACGUUCGGGGGAAGCCCUUGCAACAGGCAAACCACUGGUCAGCGCCGGAAAGCUUUGGAACACGGGCGCACUUCAACACCGACACGGACCCGGCCACGCUGGACAUCCAGGAUAUUCGACGACAUGACGAGGGUGUCUACCGCUGUCGAGUUGACUUUCGUACCAGUCAAACGCAGAGCUUUCGAUACAAUCUCAGCAUCAUCAUAUUACCCGAGCAUCCGAUAGUGCUGAACCAGUGGGGUCAACAACUCAACAGCUCCAUACUGGGCCCAAUGGAAGAAGGUGACGAUAUCAUGCUGACCUGCCGCGUUGUGGGAGGUCGCCCGCAGCCCUCGGUCAAGUGGCUCAUUAACGGUACGCUGGUGGACGAACAGUACGAACACAAUUCCGGGGAUGUAAUCGAGAAUCGGUUGCUGUGGCCGGCGAUCCAACGGUCCGAUUUGAACUCGAUAUUCACCUGCCAGGCAACCAAUACGGCACUGGUGGAACCGAAGGAGAGUAACUACGUGUUGGAUUUAUUCCUAAGGCCAUUGAGUGUGAAGAUAAUAAACCCACCGACGCCAUUAGUAGCCGAUCGGCGGUACGAGCUAGCCUGCGAAAGCGUUGGUUCGAAGCCAAAUGCAGUUAUAACCUGGUACAAAGGGAAGCGGUCGUUCAAGAAACAAAAGGAUCCCGGCAUGAACUACAACAACACAACCCGAUCCCAGUUGAACUUCAUACCGUCGACGGAGGACGACGGAAAGCUGAUAACGUGCCGUGCCGAAAACCCAAAUGUCACCGGAUUGUAUCUAGAAGACGCAUGGAAGAUAGAAGUAGUCUAUCCACCAAUCGUCUCGCUGCGGCUCGGUUCGACACUCUCGGCGGACGACAUCAAGGAUGGUGAUGAUGUUUACUUCGAGUGUCACGUCCAGGCGAACCCUCCGUGGAGGAAAUUACACUGGCUUCACGACGACGUGAUGAUAACUCACAAUGCGUCCGCCCGGGUAAUUCGUUCAAACCAGAGCCUGGUUCUGCAGAAGGUGAACCGUAAUUCAUCCGGAAAUUACUCGUGUAGUGCAAUCAACGCUGAGGGUGAAACCGUCAGCAACGAACUGGCGCUACGGGUCAAGUAUGCCCCAGUUUGCGCCACCGAUAAAAUCAUCAUUGUGGGAGCCUUCCGCAGCGAACCGUUGCACAUACCAUGUGAAGUACACGCCGACCCACCACCGCGGCAGUUCUUCUGGAAGUUUAAUCAUUCGGGCGAAACGCUCGAAAUCAACAAGGAGCGAUUCGUGAAAAAUGGGUCACUGAGCAUCUUGAGCUAUAUGCCCGUCUCGGAUCAGGAUUACGGUACACUUACGUGCUGGGGACAGAACGAGGUGGGCAUGCAGCAGUGGCCCUGCUUUUUCCAAGUGGUCCUUGCCGGAUUGCCAUCGACGGUGAAAAAUUGCUCGAUAAACAAUCAAACGCAGAGCUCGGUUGAAGUGCAAUGCAUAGCGGGGUAUGACGGUGGUUUACCACAGAUUUUCAUGCUCGAGCUGAUAUCAAGUAGAACCGGAAGAAUGAGAUACAAUAUAACGAAUCCCGAUGAACCGUACUUUGUGAUAGAAUCGCUGGAAUCCCUCAUCCACUUCAACAAUCUAUACGACGAGCUGGGCGACGACAAUGCAUUCAAAGCCAUCAUCUACGCUGUCAAUCAAAAGGGAAGAAGCCAGGGAGUAGUCGUUAAGGAUUUCUAUCUUGAGAGCACUAGCACGGAAAACCGAGCAGUCCUUACAAGCAACCCUCUAGAUAGCAUCUCACCGAUCCUGUUUGGGGUUCUGUUUACUCUGCUGGUGCUGUGUUUCGUUAUCUUUGUGCGAAUAUACUACAUCAAAGCCACUACCACCUCCAGCACCAUUACGAAUGUAAGCAGCGAUUUGGUUAACAAUAGCAAACAGCACAGCUCCAAGCAGGAUUCCUCGUCGAAGAAAAACUCCAAGCAAAGUCCACGAUGGCAGCAUGGCGGUGGCGGAGGAGGUGGCAGCAACGGUGGCAGUGGCACGGGAGGACCAGGAAUUGCCGGUGGCCACCAUGGGCUAGGCGUCGAUGGCAAGGGCAGAGAUGGAAAGCCCGACCCGACAGAAGAUGACAGAGGCGAUCCGGACGUGAUUCCCGCGCAGUACGUAUCGAAUGACGGAGAGGAUUCCAGUUUCAAUUCAUCCAAAUGGCCUAAUGGGAAUUAUUACGAUCGAUAUCCCAACCAUGAUAUACGGCCGACGGAGUUGCUGAUACCCUCGACCGGCAUGGGCCAUCUCGGAGGCAUCACUUCCAUGCACGGAGGCAGUGCGACGUCCACGCCGGUGGUAAAUCAAUUACAUCCGAAUAUUAAUCAGCCCACGGACCCCUCGGUGAGCCUCAAGCUCGGAGCCUACUACACCGCGGCACCAGCAGUGGGAGGCAUUGCGCCUGCCAGUGGUGGUUCAACGAUAGCACUAUACGGAAAUAGCCACCACCAUCAGUCAAGUGGUCUGCUACCCAACGGAGGACCUGGAGCUGCCCCCGUCGCCACGCAAGGGGUCAAUCCGAACGAUUACGAUAUCAAUGUACAUACAAUCAAAAAUAUGCUGAUGACUACUAGGGUACCGGAAAGUUGCGUUUAGGUAGCUGGUGUUUGCCGGAAAACGAUUUUUGAUGAAUGGAUUUGCUCUCUAGUGGGUCUUCCCUGUGUGUUUGGAUGGAUAUAGAGAUAGGUGAAGUGAGGAGAAGCGUAGAUUUUAAUAUCAUUAGAUGAGUUGUGUGCAGCAGA